AUGUCACAAUUACACAGCACACGCGAUCAUCAUCAUUUACCAGUCGGUCAUUUUCCUCGACAACUUUUUGAUUUUGAAAAUUUUCUUGGUCCAUCACUUGACUUAUUUGAUCCUUUUGAUGAAGUUGAUUUGGCUUCACAUCGCAUGCAAAAUGCUCUACAAUGGUUACAAGAUCCACCGCGUCUUCAACGCGAACUUUGUCCUGUAACUGGUCAUAAAAAACGGGCUCACACUGAUAAAUUUCGUGUUACACUCGAUGUAAAUGGUUAUAAACCAGAAGAUUUGAGCGUGAAAGUUGUUGGUCGUAAAUUAUUGAUUGAUGGAAAACAAGAAUUUCGUGAAGGCGAUGACUUUUCAGUUAGAGAAAUGCGUAAAACAUAUGAAUUACCUGAAAAUGCUAGUCUUGAACAUAUGACAUCGUUUCUUACAGCUAAAGGUACAUUGGUCGUCGAAUUUCCAUUAAUAACAGAAACAAAGGAACGAGACGAUCAUCAUCAUCAAUUACAAAAAUUUGGUGGCGAUUUGAAAGAAUUUAAUUUUGAUGAAUUCUUUAAAAGUGCAUUCGAACCAAAAGUUUCUGAUGAUCCAGAAAAAGGAGGAAAGAAAAUUGAUUUAUCAUUAGAUAUGACAGGUUUUCGACCAGAUCAAAUUCAAAUUCAUCUUAAAGAUCAUGACUUGAUUGUUCAAGGUGAAUCAAGUGCAUCGGAUAAACAUCAUACAGCUCGUUCAUAUAUUUACAAAGCCGUUACAUUACCACCUAAUAUUGACGUUGAAAAUAUGCGUUCAUUUCUUCAUGAUGGUAAACGACUUAUUAUUACUGCUCCAUAUCGUGAACAUAAAGCUGCUAUUAGCAACGGAAAGGCUGGUACACUUGAUUCUGGUGAUCAUAAUCAUAGUUCGGUGAAGAAUGUUAUCAAUACAGAUGAUCUUAAAGCAUCAUCACCCACAAGCUCAACAUGUUCAGUUGCUGGCUCAGUUAAUUCAACAGUUGAAAGUACACGUUAA